GACAUCAAGGAAAGGGCUGACAGAAUCAACUUGACUUUCAAGCACGUCAGAGAGUAUCAGAACAGGUGGAAGGCGCUGGGAGAGUACCUGAAGAGUGGCCUGACGCAGGUGACAGCAGGCAGGCGAAGGGAGGAGCUGGAGAAGGAGCUGGGGGAGGUGUUGAAGGACACCCUGGCCUGGCUGGAGGAACUGGACCACUUCCUGGAUGCUGUGGAGAGGCUGGCGGUCACUUCUGUGUCUGUGUUCGAUGAGGAGUGUCCGUUUGGUGACCAGGAGGUGAGCCCUGCCGGUGUCCGUGAUGUCAUCACUGCAUCACAGGAAGCGUGUCCUCUGUUGGUCCGGUUCAGGAGGAGCGUACAGGACUUGUCCAGCCUCUUCAACGUGCUGGUGUUGGCCAUCCAGCUGGACUCAUACAUACGCAGUACCCAGCAGCUCUGUGACAAGCUGGAGAGCAAAUUGAUGACACCAUCACAGACGGAGAGUGAACCAAGUCAAUGGAUGUUUUGGAGAAAUAAGAAGGAAAAUGUCCACCUUGUGAGUGAUGCAUCCAUGCUGAAUAUGCUCGUCCAUAUCAAAUACCUCAGUGAUGUCAGGACCAACCGGGACUUCAGACUGGUUUUCUUGUUCCAGGAGGAAGCUGAAAACUUCAUCAAACUAUUCAUCCAGAGCAAGCCCAGAAUGUUGCAGUUUCUGACUGACCUGGAGGGGAGCGCUGUCCAGCUAGACAACAUGAAGCGUGGGGCCCAGAUCUCCACUGUGGCAGGCAGCUCAGUGGGGGCGGUUUCGUGGGUCCUGUCCAUCGUGGGUCUGGCUCUGGCCCCCAUCACAGUAGGGGUGUCCCUGAUUCUGACCAUGACCGGUGCGGGCCUGGGGGUCACCAGUGCGGUCAACAGCGUAGUCACCACAGUCAGAGAGAACAGCGUCAAUGUCUCUCAACAGAAGAAAGCCAACGAGUUGUUCCAGAGUUUUACGAAGGACGUACAGAACCUCCAGGGGUGCCUGGAAGAUGUGGCCACCAAGAUGGUUCCCGAGGGGACUGAGGUGGAUGCAACCGCGGGAGCAGGGAGGAUCGUGGGGAAAGGUUGUGUCAUCGGGAUAGGAAUUGACUCCUUGAUCGAUAGUGCCUCGGGUAUAAAACUUGUGAGGAGUGAGGAUGCGAUUGCUGACCUGGGACAGGCCGCUAAAGGGACGCCCCUCGCCCUCUCCAAGGCAGCCCGGGGGGGGUUCAUCGCUCUCAACGCCCUGUUCAUUGGCCUGGACGUGUUCUUCAUCUGCAAGGACAUCGUCGGCCUGGCCAACGGCAUCAAGAGUGAGGUUUCCCAGCUCAUCCGGGCACGAGCACGGCUCUGGCACUCUGAACUGGAGUCAUGGCAGAAGAUCCACGACUCCCUGCAGAGAGGUCUGCUCACGUCUCAGGACAGCCAGAACCUGCUGAAGAUGCCCUUUUACCCCCUGGAGGAGAUGACCAAAGAGAAGAAGACAUUCUGGCAGAAACUCAGUCUCUUUCCCUCUUUUUCAUAGUCCUAGCAUUGGCCUGACCUAUGAUGAGGAUUUCUCAGUUCAAUGGAUCAUUGACUGCACAUGAUUUGAUUGAUUUCUAUUUCAAUACUAGAUUCAAUACUGUCUUCAUUUUAAAACCAAACUGUGCUCUUUCAUAUCAAAUGAAUCAUCUACUGUUUUUGAUUUACUUCGUUUUAAUACUUGAAUUAUUUGUGUAUUUUACCAAUUGAUGUUCAUUGUCACAUUGUCUUUUAGAAAAACGGUAAUGCGGCGAAGUCAAUUGCCAACCAUGCUAUGACAGGCCUAUUCUUGAUGAAAGGAUCUCCCUGCACGUGAGGACGAGUGAGGAAAUGUAUACAUAGAAAAAUAAAGACUCACUGAAUAUCUUGUUUGGAAUUGAAAGGGGAUUUCUUGUUUUUGUGAGUCGUUUCUUGGACAGACAUUCAAAGUACCUUAGGUCAGGUAAAACCUUCAUUACCCAGUCUGUAUAGAUUGUGCAGAUAUAUUCAACACUUGUGACUUCACGUGACUGAAUAAAAUUGGAAUUCUUCUAAGUGAUGCUAUGAAUUGGACUGCUUGCUAAUUAGCCUUGCUGGA